AUGACAGCCUUCGACCUUCUCUCCAAAAUAAUCGAAAAACAAAAAUCUUCUUUCUUUCCAGAAACUUCCGUAGCUGUUGAGACGAAGGACAAACCUCUUCCCAGACUUAAUAUCCAUUCUGGAUUCUGGAUUCUGGCGUCCAUUGCUGCGACCUAUUAUGCUGACUUCUUCAGAACCGUGAGAGAGAACCUCCACACGAGUAGCUGGUUCCUCCUCGGCGGUGCCUUCCUGCUGGUCAGCCUGUCGAUUGCCUUUUACUGCAUCGUCUUCCUGGAGUGGUACCGCGGGGUCAGCGAUUACGACGCCCGGCACCCCUCCCUGAUUCCCAUCACGACCGCGACGUUCAUCGCAGCUGGCCUCUGCUUCAACGUGGCGCUGUGGCACGAGUGGUCCUUCUUCACGCCGUUGCUGCUGUUCACCCAGUUCAUGGGCGUGGUGAUGCUCAUCUCCCUCCUCGGCUGAGUCCCGCAGAUCUCAACAGAGGCAAAUACACAGUGACCAACCGACCCUCUAGAGCCCUGGUGCAGCGUGGACAGAUAACGGAAAAGCGAUACUGUGGGUGAUUCCUUGUUUUCGCAGCUCACAGCGAGUGGAUUCCCUGGGAACAUGGCGGCUUCAGAGAUUUCGGGCAGAAUAAAUGCUUUUUACUCACUCAGUCUGAAA